AUGGAUUCGCAGGCGAGCAAUCUCUACGAGACGGCGUCGCAGCCGGACACCGGGAACGACGCGUACGCGUUUCUUGAAUUCAACACUCAGGGCGAGGAGGACUUCGAUUACCCUGAAUUUCAAGAACUCUCGCAGCCCAUCCGAUCGUCUACCUCCGUCUGGCCCACGCCCUCCGAUUCAGUGUCGGCCACCGAGGUUCUUCCUUCGUCCUCUGAAGCUUCACAGUCCUCCGCCAAACACCGUGACCGCGCCACUGCAGGUGGAAUUAAUAACAGUGGUGCCAGUAAUAGUAGUAAUAGUAAUAGCAAGGAGACCGGGGUCGUUGACGCACUGGCAGCAGGGAUGGGCGGCCUGAACUUUGAAGACACUGGCGGUGAUGACGAGGUCUUCGAGUAUGAGAAGGGAGACUUUACCGAGCAUGCUUGCAGGUAUUGUGGGGUCACAAACCCGGCUUGCGUGGUGAGGUGCAAUGUGCCAUCCUGUAGGAAAUGGUUCUGUAAUUCGCGAGGAAAUACUUCUGGUUCUCAUAUUGUCAGUCAUCUGGUAAGAGCAAAGCAUAAGGAAGUUUGUCUUCACAAAGACAGUCCCUUGGGCGAAACAAUCCUUGAGUGUUAUAACUGUGGUUGUCGAAACGUUUUCCUUCUUGGGUUUAUAUCUGCAAAGACAGAAAGCGUGGUUGUGCUCCUCUGUAGGGAACCCUGUUUGAGUGUUAAUGCAUUAAAGGACAUGAAUUGGGACCUGAGUCAGUGGUGCCCGCUAAUUGAUGAUAGAUGUUUCUUGCAGUGGUUAUUAAAGGUCCCAUCUGAACAAGAACAAUUGAGGGCUCGACAAAUUACUGCCCAACAGAUAAAUAAAAUCGAAGAGCUUUGGAAAACAAAUCCAGAUGCAACUUUGGAAGAUCUUGAGAAGCCUGGCGUCGAUGAUGAGCCUCAAUCUGUAGCCUUGAAGUACGAAGAUGCUUAUCAGUAUCAAAAUGUCUUUGCACCUCUCAUCAAGCUUGAGGCAGACUAUGAUAAGAUGAUGAAAGAGUCUCAAAGCAAAGACAAUAUAACAAUUAGAUGGGAUAUUGGUCUUAACAAGAAGCGCAUUGCAUAUUUUGUCUUUCCUAAGGAAGAUAAUGAGUUACGCCUUGUACCUGGCGAUGAGUUACGCUUACGAUAUUCAGGUGAUGCAGCUCAUCCCACCUGGCAGUCCGUUGGUCAUGUGAUAAAAUUGACUGCCCAAGAGGAGGUUGCUCUUGAACUUGGUACAAGUCAGGGUGCUCCUGUUGAUUUGAACCAUGGUUUUAGUGUUGACUUUGUCUGGAAGAGCACGAGUUUUGACCGGAUGCAGGGGGCCAUGAAGACUUUUGCUGUGGAUGAAACUAGUGUCAGUGGGUACAUUUAUCAUCAUCUGCUUGGCCAUGAGGUUGAGAUGCAGAUGGUUCGCAACACUUUGCCUCGGCGAUUUGGUGCACCUGGUCUUCCAGAGCUUAAUGCAUCUCAGGUUUUUGCCGUCAAGAGUGUCCUACAAAAGCCUAUAAGUCUCAUCCAAGGUCCACCGGGAACUGGUAAAACUGUGACAUCCGCGGCAAUUGUUUAUCACAUGGCAAAACAAGGCCAGGGGCAGGUUCUGGUCUGUGCUCCAAGUAAUGUGGCUGUAGAUCAGCUUGCUGAAAAGAUAAGCGCGACUGGCUUGAAGGUGGUAAGACUGUGUGCUAAAUCAAGGGAAGCUGUUAGUUCUCCUGUUGAGCAUUUGACAUUGCAUUAUCAGGUUAGACAUCUAGACACUUCUGAAAAGAGUGAACUUCAUAAGUUACAGCAACUGAAAGAUGAACAAGGAGAAUUAUCCAGCAGCGACGAGAAAAAAUACAAAGCGCUCAAGCGAGCCACUGAAAGGGAGAUAUCUCAGAGUGCUGAUGUUAUCUGUUGUACAUGUGUUGGAGCUGGGGAUCCUCGAUUAGCGAAUUUUAGAUUUCGCCAGGUCCUUAUUGAUGAAUCCACCCAGUCAACAGAACCUGAGUGCCUUAUUCCAUUGGUUCUUGGGGUAAAGCAGGUUAUUCUUGUGGGAGACCACUGCCAACUUGGUCCUGUCAUUAUGUGCAAGAAAGCUGCCCGAGCUGGGUUAGCCCAAUCUUUGUUUGAGAGACUUGUGCUUCUUGGUGUAAAACCAAUUAGAUUGCAGGUUCAGUAUAGGAUGCAUCCUGCUCUUUCAGAGUUUCCUUCUAAUAGCUUUUAUGAAGGUACUCUCCAAAAUGGUGUAACAAUAAAUGAAAGGCAAUCACCUGGCAUUGAUUUCCCUUGGCCAGUACCCAAUCGUCCCAUGUUCUUUUAUGUCCAGAUGGGACAAGAGGAGAUAAGUUCCAGUGGAACAUCAUAUCUAAAUAGGACUGAGGCUGCAAAUGUUGAGAAAAUUGUGACCACUUUCUUGAAGAGUGGUGUUGUUCCUAGUCAGAUUGGUGUCAUUACACCUUAUGAAGGCCAACGAGCAUACAUCGUCAAUUAUAUGUCCCGUAAUGGUGCUCUGCGACAGCAGUUAUACAAAGAAAUUGAGGUAGCAAGUGUAGAUUCAUUUCAAGGCAGGGAAAAGGAUUAUAUAAUUUUGUCUUGUGUGAGGAGUAAUGAACAUCAGGGCAUUGGUUUCCUCAAUGAUCCACGCCGACUUAAUGUUGCCCUGACACGUGCUCGUUAUGGUAUUGUCAUCUUGGGAAAUCCUAAAGUUCUUAGCAAGCAACCUCUUUGGAAUGGCUUAUUAACACACUAUAAGGAACAUGAGUGCUUGGUCGAAGGACCUCUGAAUAACCUAAAGCAGAGUAUGGUUCAAUUUCAGAAGCCCAAAAAGGUAUACAAUGAACGAAGACUAUUCUAUGGAGGAGGACCAGGAAUUGUUCCCAACGAUGCUUUUGGAUCUGCUGCCUCUAGUCCAACUGCUGACAGGAGGGGUCCCCGCUCCAGGGGUCCUUACAUGCCACCUGGCCCACCCAAUGGUGCUCAUAAGCCUGGUAUGCACCCUUCUGGUUAUGCACUGCCUCGGGUACCCCUUCCUCCAUACCAUGGGGCCCCUCCAUCACAACCUUAUGCCAUUCCCACUCGUGGUGCUGUGCAUGGACCUGUUGGAGCUGUACCUCAAAUACCACAACCUGGAAGCAGAGGAUUUGGUGGUACUGGGCGUGGGAAUUCCAGUUCGCCCGUUGGCAGCCAUCUUCCACAACAGCAAGGCAUGCAAGCCCCCAUUGGAAGUGCUUCUAACUUCAAUUUCCCAUCCAUGGAGAAUGCUGGUAGUCAUCCGACUGUGGCCGGACCACAAUCUCAACCUGGCUACGUUUCUAAUGUGACAGGUCAAGGACCAAGCCAAACUUAUAGGGAUGGAUUUUCUAUAGGUGGCAUGUCUCAGGAUUUCUUGGGUGACGAUUUUAAAAGUCAGGGAUCGCAUGUCCCUUAUAAUGUUGCUGAGUUCUCUACCCAGGCUUCUCAGGGUGGAUAUGCUGUUGACUAUGUUGCACAAGGAGCUCAAGGUGGGUUUCCUGGUAGCUUUUUAAACCAGAAUUCACAAGCUGGAUAUGCUCGUUUUGCCCCAGGAAAUGACUACAUGUCUCAGGAGUAUAUGGCCCAAGGUUCACAAGGAUUAUUUACACAGGGUGCAUUUAAUGAUCAAUCUCAAGAGGAUGCUUCCCAGAAUCACUUUGGUUUGGCAAGUGCCAAUCUUCAGUCACAGAAUCUGCUAAAUCCAAUGUAUUCACAGCCAUUUACUCACUAUAACAGUCAGCCAUUAAAUGUACAAAAUUCCCAGCAACAGAAUCCAUCACAGCAGGCCCAAAGUUCCCAGAAUCAUAAGCUACACUACAACGGUUGA